UAGAGUUCCUCAGCAAUCAGGAAAAUGUCAACCAAGACGCGUGACGAAGCGCUUAGUUUAAUUUUAAACAAAGUCAAACUUUUGAAGCUGCAGCCAGGCGCCCAUGGACCGUUAACAAAAAUUUUAAUUGCAAUAUUCACGAUUUCUCGUAUGAUUCAACUGUAUUAUGCAAUAAAACUUAUCUCUUACAACACCAGUGACCUUCUCCUUAUGGCAAAUGGUGCAAAAACUGUUGCAAUCAUGUGUCAGGGAGUUAAAAUAAUAGUACUAAUGCGUGAAAACGAUUUCAAUUCUCUGCUUGAAAGUAUGGAUCACUUUUGGUACUCGGAGGAAGUAGAAAAAAUGUAUAAAAUAGCCAAACUGUUUACAAUGGCUUUCAUUAAUUUUGUGUACGUUGCUUUUAUUUUUGUUAUUGCUUUACCAAUCGUGCUGGGUUACUAUCCGUUUAUUGCAGACUUUCCGAAAUUCCCGGGUUCCUUCAUAAUCUUUGCUCUAGCACAGGGCUUUCAACUCUUAUUCGAUGUGAUUGUGGUUCUGGCUGUAGACAGUCUGUUCCUGUGUGUAGCUUUCUUUGUUUAUCCACAAUUUAAAAUGUUGAACAACAGACUCGAAAAACUUGCGACAAACGAAGAAAUUAUGUAUGAAGAAGCGCGUAUCUGCAUUCGCCACCAUAAAUUCUUACUGAAGUUCGUUAAAAAGUUUGCCAACAUGUUUAUUUCGGCUUUAUUAGGACAAUACUGUAUUACUAUAAUAAGCGUGUGCAUUGAAAUUUUCUUCUUUACAAAGCAAAGCGCCUUUAAUAUGCUGGUUAGCUCAUUUUAUUUAAUAGCAUUAUUAUUUCAAUUGUCGCUGUAUUGCUUUCCAGCAGAUUUAGUAACUCAAGAAGCUUUAAAUACUGGCGGUGCAAUAAUCAACUCCAAUUGGUACAAUCAUCCAAAGUUUGCUAAGAUUUUUGUUCAAAACAUUGUUCAACGAGCACAGAAAAAAGUUAUAUUUUCUGCUGGUGGAUUAGUAGAAAUUAAUCGUGUUGCAUUUACUAUGAUAUUCAAGUGGACCUUAUCUUGUUAUACAUUAAUGCGUGAUAUUGAAAAAAUGAUGACUUAGUUUAAGUAUUAUAUCUAUAUUGGUAGAUAUAGAUCACCACC